AUGUAAUGCUGAAUGAAUGAAAAUUUUGCAUUGACAUUACAAGAAGAACGUAACGAAGAGUGAGGAAUUUUUAUUUAUUUGUACUCAUUUUUGUGAAAAAAGUGCUUUUCGUAAUCAAUUCGUUCAAGACGAGAAUUAUGAACGAUACAGAAAAUGCUGUGGCCGAAGGCGUGGAUGCCUUAACCUUAAAUAAAGAUAACGAUGUAACGGUAGCUACAGAAGCUACUGUAAAUGAAGAGCAAGAGGAUAUUGUAAAUCCGUGGCAUGUAACUAGCAUGAAUGAGGCUGGUAUCGACUAUGACAAAUUAAUAAAACGUUUUGGAUCUUCUAAAAUUGAUGAAGAGCUUAUAACCCGUUUCGAAAAACUAACCGGCAAACCUGCUCACCAUUUCAUACGACGGGGCAUAUUUUUCUCUCAUCGUGAUUUGCAUACAAUUUUGAACUUAAAAGAACAGCAAAAGCCCUUUUACUUGUAUACCGGACGAGGUCCCAGUUCGGAAUCCCUGCACUUGGGCCACCUAAUACCCUUUAUUAUGACAAAAUGGCUGCAGGAAACUUUUAAUGUACCCUUGGUUAUUCAACUGACCGAUGAUGAGAAGACUUUGUGGAAGGACUUAAAAGUUGAUGAAGCUAUUCAACUAGCUCGGGAAAAUGCUAAAGAUAUUGUGGCUAUGGGCUUUAAUGUUGAGAAAACAUUCAUCUUUAACAAUCUAACAUUUAUGGGUCAAUGUCCUUCCAUGUAUCAGAACAUUAUACGUAUACAAAAAUGCGUCACGUUUAAUCAAGUGAAAGGCAUUUUUGGUUUUGGCGAUUCGGAUGUUAUCGGUAAAAUUGGUUUUCCUGCAGCUCAAGCCGCACCUGCCAUUUCCAGUACAUUCCCGUUUCUCUUUGGCAACAAAAAAGUACAAUGCUUAGUGCCUUGCGCCAUUGAUCAAGAUCCAUAUUUCCGAAUGACUAGAGACGUUUCUCCAAGAUUGGGCUAUCCAAAAUGCGCUCUUAUUCAUUCUAGUUUUUUCCCGGCUCUACAAGGUGCCAAAUCAAAAAUGUCGGCAAGUGAGCAAAAUUCUGCAAUAUUUCUAACCGAUACGUCCAAGCAGAUAAAAAAUAAAAUCAAUAAAUAUGCGUUCUCCGGUGGCCGUGAUACCAUAGAGGAGCAUAGGGCCUUGGGUGGCGUACCCGAAAUUGACGUCGCUUAUCAAUUGCUAAAGUUCUUUUUAGAAGAUGACACGAAGCUAGAAGAGGUUCGAAUAGCUUAUAGCAAGGGCGAGAUGUUAACUGGCGAUUUAAAAAAAUUAGCCAUUGAGACCGUUGCACCAAUUGUGGAACAGCAUCAGGCUGCUCGUAAACUUGUUACCGAUGAUAUAUUGGAUGAAUUUAUGAAAAUUCGCCCUUUAAAUUUCAGUGGAAGCAAUUAAGUUAAAUUAAAUCCACUUACAUAAAAGAGAGAGAGAGACAGAGAAAGAGAGAUUGCUGAUCACAUUUAGGCUUGCGCGAGA